AUGGCCCUUGCGCAGGAUCCGAAUCGGAUCUUCCUUGCUCGCCGCAUCAACAAGCUCGGCUUUAGGGCCCAGGAGGAGCUGUGGCUACACUACUCGAAGUACGGCCCGGUGGAAAAGGUCCUGGUGGCAAACGCCAAGGCGCGCAACAGCCGACUGCACCCUCAGGGAAAGCUUCGCCCGGGUAGUCUUGCAAUCGUGGUCAUGGAGACUCCUGCCACUGUGAAGGAAAUCAUGGCUCUGGGCGAGGAGCAGCUCGUCGGCGGUCAAGUGAUCAAGCUUCAAAAGUUUGAACCCACAGCCCCCAAGGGAAGAUCUGGAGGAAUGAAGCACCACAUGGAGAUGUCCACAUCACCGGCGCCGGCAGAUCCACAAGGGUCAUCCUUCAGUGGCAGUGGUGGCAGUGGACCCGAGACCAAGGGAAAGCAAGAGGACGGACGGGAGUUCUGGGUCUUACGACCUCGAGGGAGAGGGCUCCAGCCAAGAGGCGCAGGAGUCGCCAUCGCGCUCGCAGCCGCAACCAGUCGUUGUGACUGGCUUCACUUACUCCAUGUAGAUGUGACGAACAGGGACAUUCGAGUGAGUGACAUGGCGCGUAAUAGUUUCGAUCCCUGGAUGCAAGUUUGUAUCAUCGACGGCAGCCGGAAAGAACAGCGCUGA